UUCAGUUGAUGACCCCGGGUUGACCUCAUGACGAACAUGCGCCGAUUUGAAAAUUCUUGGUCGACUUGUCAGUGUCACUCCGUUUCGUCGUGACUGAAAUCUUCCGGACAUUUUUAGGCAAAAUGAACCAAACGAGUAGGAAGAAGGAAGAUGCCGAUAAACUUCUCCAGUCUGUGAAAGAGAAAGCGAAGAAUCCUCGUGAGAUCCAACUUAAAGGGUUUCACAUUGCCAGCCUGUACACCCAAGCCAAGGAGUACCGAACCGCGCUCCAUCACGUCCAGGAUUACCUCGCCGUCAAGCCCAACGACGUCAGGGCCCACCGCCUCCUGGGGGAAAACUAUGAGGCCCUGGGGGACGUCAAGAAGGCCAUCCAGAGCUACCGGCGGGCCCUGGAGCUGAACGAGAUGCAGAAAGAUCUGGUCCUUAAAGUUGCUGAGCUGUAUUGCCGUGUGGGCAGGGAGGACUACGACGCGGAGAGGCAUCGGUACUGGGCCGAGCGGGCAGAGAAAUACUUCCCAGGGAACCCGAAGAUUUACGCCAUCAUGGAGCAUAUAUACCGCAAGAGUGGGAAACUGAACGACUUCAGAACCUAUCUCCAACAAAAAAUGAGGUCGCGACCUCAAGAUCUGAAGCUGCACCUUCAGUUGCUGGAAGUGCUGAUAGAGCUGCAGAAGCUGAAGGAUGCGCAGCAGCUCUGCGCGCAGGUAGAGGGCGCCAGACUGUUUGACCAGGAGCUCCAGUGGUGGAAAAAGACGUUCCAGCUGUACCAGAUGAUACUGUUGAGUGUAGACGACGGCGAUCAGUCUCCAGAUCACAUCGUCACGUUUGGUCACAUGCUGGUCAGCAUCAACAACCUAGCCCGCAUCACGCUGUCUGUGCACAACACGGCCGUCACACAGGCGUCCAAGCUGCUUAGAGUGAUGGACAAAGAGUUAUUCCGUGCCUGUGACUACGUCGAUGCCAGCCCGUCGUGCCCGGAGCAGUCUGGUGCCCAGACUGUGCUGCAAGAAAUGAAGGCGCAGCUGUACACGCACCUGGCUACACUCCUUGUCAAAAUGGCGUCCACGGGUUCGGCUCGCUGGGCGGACGUCGUUGGACUUGUCACAUCGUGUUAUCUGGUCAGCGCCCAGGUGCCGUCUUGCCAAGAAAUAACGAGGACGUCGUCGACAACGAGGGGCGACAUGAGCGUUGGCAGCAGUGGGAACGUCAACAGACGGAUCUACAGCCUGGCCCAGUGUCGUCUGAGUGAAGUCUGUCACAUUCUGACGAGCAUUGUGAAACAGCAGAGGAAUGCCCGAUGGCUGAAGCAGUGCCACACAUCUUGGUGCUCGGAAGAGGGUCGGCAACAGCUUCUGUCUCAAGCCUUUGGCCAAGGAGGUCUGGAUCCGGCCUCCUCGUUCCUGAUGAUGGAUGACAGUCUCGUCGGCGCCAGAUUCUCCGAACUUCCCAGCCUAAUUGAGACUGUGUUUCUGUAUGACCAAGAAUCCAUCAAGUCCGAGCCGGCCAGUCUCCAGCGACUAGUUUGGAUGGGCCUGCAGUGGGAUGUCCGCCACGACGGCAUCUUGCCAGACCUGGGCCAGUUUCUCCAGCCCGUCUUCUCCCGUCUCCUGUUCAGCACCCAGCACCUUGAGAAUACCUCGGUAGAUAACAUACGGCUGCUGGACAUCGAGGCUUUCCUAUAUUGCUGCGUCCACGUGGCCAAAGGGCAGCAGGAACAACUGCAGGCCAGGGUUCAGAACCUGCCCAAGACCCUCCCCCUGGGGUUGUGUCGCGGGAUGUGUAGCCCCCAGCAGCUGGAGUGGUAUAGCGCCCUCUACUGUCUGUAUACAGCCAAGGCGAGCCCUAGUGAGCGAGCCAAGUUGCGGCUUAUUGUCCAGAAAGGUCUGGAGGUGUUGCGAUGUCGGAUGAACCACGGAAUGGAGACGUCGCUGCUCAUACGUCUCGGACGCACAUUCGGACAAAGGAUGCAAGAAGUUCAGCAGUCGAGCGCCGGUGACGACAACAGGGACCAGUGGAGCGGCUUCCAGCAAAUGAGCGUCAUGUACUGGCAGGCCGCACUGGAACACCUUCAGCUGAUCGCCAGGAAUCAGGCCGUUCCUACUCAACAGAAGCCAUUCUUUCCCUAUGGAAGUAGACCUAUCCCGGCGGACAAGCUUCAGGAGUAUCAAGACGAAGGCACCGUGGCCAUCGCCCAGCACAAGUUCCAGCAGGGCCAGUUCCAACAAGCUGUAGCCAUGCUGGACAAAACCAAGUCGGCCGACGGCUCCUAUCUCAAAGCACAGAUGUACCUGAACAAGGCGCAGACUGAGGCCGAAGGUCAGGGGUUAGAGGUCAUCUCAAGCCCGCUGAGUCGGCAAGGUGAACUGCUGGACAAGGCCAAACACGCACUGUUUGAUACCAUGGAUAGCAUCCAGAACCAGCCGGAUAAUCCGCUCCAUGAGCAAAUCCAGACCUCUCUGAUGGAGAUUGACGAUCAGCAGAUUGCGUUGAGCCACGAAGUUGCCGCUUUGGAGGAAGAGGAAGGGACCGCUGCUGGCGACACGCUGCUCGGAUCGCUCAACUACAGCGGGAACGCCAGUCGCCUCAGCGACGUGGCUCCACUAGAGGCGGCUGGGAACGACCCCAGCCCCCGCCGGCUUGCAGCCGAGCUUCGCUCCCUGAACCUCUCCCACGGCCGACUGAUGGAAGAAAACGCCCAGCUGCGUUCACUGGCCACCACUCACAGCCGCAUCUUGGAGCAGAACCAGCAACUGAUCGACAAGCAGAACACGUUGAUGGAGUCCAACAACGCCCUGAUGAAGCAAGUCCUGGAACUCAACGUGAAAUUUCAGGAGUUGACCACCGCCCAGGCCCAAAAGGCAGCCGCUACGCCCCCGCCACCCCCUCCACCCCAGCCCAUCCCGGACAUCAACUCCAACCGACCAAUCAUCAUCUCCGCCGCAGAGUGCAAAAUCGACAACCUCUCCGCGACCCAACUGGGCGGGACAGGGUACCCUAUCAUGGCCCACCCCGGCCUGGCCAGCCCCAUGCCGGGAGUGGCUAGCCCCAUGCACGGCCUGCCUGCAACCAGCCUGUACCACCAUCCAGGGUACGGCUACUACGCCGCCCCGCAGGCCUACGGCUUGGCCGCGGCUGGGGCGUACGAAACACCCGGGCUGCACCCGAGCCUCAUCACGUCGACGCCGGCAAUGCACGCGGCCCACGUGCCCGGCGCGCCGCAAUACGUGAUGUUCGAUGACGACACAUCACCUACCGAAGCUGAGGCUCCAGGUGCUUCAGUACCUACAGGAACUCCUGCUGUUGAUGUUCAGACAAACGCCGCUUUCAGAGGAGGCAUGGUCGCCCAUCCGACAGAACCAGCAGAUGUACCUCAGUUUGCAUCACUUGUACCACAAACCGCUCCGGAACAUAAGACCCCAGAGCCACACGUUGGCCUUGCAGGGACUUCCUCUGCUCCCGCCAAAGCUGCCUCAAAGGCAGCAAGUGGUCAAGAUGUCAGCAGCAACUCCCCUCUCCUAUUGUCCAUGCUGAUGGACAAGCCGGAGGAUUCCUCCAAGGCUGGAUUUUCCAAGUCGGGUUCCAUCACGGCCGGUACCCCACCCCAAGCGUUCACACCCGUGUCCAGUAAGCCCUCGACCGUGGCUUCCACUACCCCCUCCAUCGGGCCCGCUCCAACCCAGGGAUUUUUCUCCGGUGGGUCAGUUUCUCAACCAGCUUUCGGCUCAGGCCAACAACUGGCUUCCGCCGCACCUAAUCCCACUUCUGCCACCACUUCCGCCCCCACUGCUAUGUCCGACUUCUCCUUCAAAAUCCCCCAGCCCUCAUCGACCCAACUCCAACCAGUGACCCCCGCGGCUACGUCAAUCAAAACCACUUCCCAGUCCCCCUUUGCUGGAUUCAGUUUCGGUCAGCACCCAUCAGGAACAGGUUUUGGUUUAAACAGCUUUGCGAGUGUUGGCAAACCUUCAGAAACUCUGCAGAAAGACAAUGUUGUUGACGAUGAUGAUGAUGACGACGUGAUCUUUGUUUCGGAGAAGAUGCCCACUCCUGAUCAGCGGGCCAGGGCCGAAGCACUCCUCCUCCCUCCUACCUUCUUUCUCUACGAGGAUGAACCGCCGUGUCCCGGCUGCCCUGGAUGCGAGCCUGAGGACCUAGCUGCCAGAGGAAAGAGUCUACCUAAAUCAACUCAGCCAGCAGCCAAUGUGCCACAGUCGCACGGGCCAUCGUUCGGCAGCGCUGCCUCUGUUCAGCAGACGUUUGGUGAUGUCGGUAAGGCAGCCCCUACCAAGGAGACGCCAACAACAUUUGGCACCCAAGAACCUAGCCAGCCAUCUUCAAUAUUUGGUGGUGGCGGUGGAACGUCGACGCUGAGUUUUGCCAAUAUCACUGCAGACACACAGGGGACAUUUGCCGGAGGGUCCACCAAGGGCUUCUCUUUCGCCCAGGCCGGGGCACAGGUCUUCGGCGCGGGUGCGGGUGAAGAUGGCGGGGCAGAGGAAAGCCACGAACAUGACCCGCAUUACGAUCCGAUCAUGACGCUUCCGGAGCUCGUGCAAGUCAAGACUGGUGAGGAGGAUGAAGAGAUAAUGUACAAGCAGCGGGCCCGUCUGUAUCGCUACGCCAAGGACCUGGGCGUCUGGAAGGAGAGAGGCAUCGGAGAGGUCAAAUUGCUGCGUCACAAACAAAGCGGCGCCCUGCGACUGAUCAUGCGACGGGAGCAGGUCUUGAAGCUGUGCGCCAACCACCGCAUCACCCCGGACAUGAAGCUGGACCCCCUGCAGUCCUCAGACCGAUCCUGGGUCUGGCACGCCAUCGACUACUCCGAGGACGAGCCCUCCCACGAGCAGCUGGCCAUCAAGUUCAAGACCGCCGAGCUGGCCCACGAGUUCAAGCGCCGCCUUGAGGAGCUCCAGGUGGCCAGGAGAGAAGAGGAGGAGAGAGAGGAGGAGCAGAAGACAGAGGCGGCUGCGGCUGCAGCUGAGGCGGUCCAAGACACCGAAGAAGAUGUGGAGGAAACGAAGGAGGAAUAUGUCGCUGGAGGAAGCAGUGAGCCAGAUCAAGGGGCAGCAAGUGAGGACGUAUUUGCCAAAUUCAAGAGCCAGGCAGGAGACUGGCAGUGCGAAAUGUGCAUGCUGAACAAUAGUAAGGAUGACACAAGUUGUGCUGCUUGCAUGACGCCCAAACCCGGGGUAGCUCCGCAAACUGGAAGUUCCAGCGCUUCAGCAAGCAAUGUCAAAUUUGGUGGAGGUGGCGGUUUCAAAUUUGGCAGUACUGACAGUGCCGCUAAACCAGACUUUAAAUUCGGUGGACCAGCUGUUGGGUUUUCGAGUGCAACAUCCCUCUCAACUCCUGGAUCCUCGCUGUCGACCGGACAAUUCAGAGCUACGCAGUCUGACACUACCCUGACAACUGCCAAGGAAAUCACUCCGGCAGCCCCUACCACCCAGUUUACGUUCGGGGGCGGCUUCCAGAAGUUUGAUCUCGGAGGAGCAGGCGACACGGCCGCAUCGCCGAUGGCAGCAGUGCAGAGCCCCAGCGCGGGAUUUGCCUUCGGCGCCAGCGGACUGACCCCUCCAAAAGCUGGCGGCGCCGCUGACACCGCCGUGGCUUCUGCUUCCCCGGCGGUUCAGGUGAUUCCGGUCAAACCCUCAGUCGGGUAUGUCUUCGGGUCCAAGCCGGCUACGUCCACCCCCGCCCCAACCGCCAAGCCAAAACAGGAAACCCCCAAAGGCUUCUCCUUUGCAGACAUUGCCAAAUCCAAGGGCUCAGCCUUCUCCUUCCGACUGGAUGUCAGCAAAACUCCAGACGUGAGUUCUGAGAAGUCGCCCGUCAAGCCCAAAUCCCCAGGCUUCAUGAAAUCGCCGGGAUUCAACAAGAGCGGCGACAAUGAGUAUUACAAAGACGACGACGGUGAUCACAUCCAUUUUGAGCCCGUCGUUGAGCUGCCGGAGAACGUCCAGGUGACAACAGGCGAAGAGGGCGAGACUGCAAAAUUCAGCCACCGGGCCAAGCUCUACCGCUUCGACAAAGAUACCUCCCAGUGGAAAGAGCGCGGGCUCGGGGACAUCAAGCUCCUGUACAACCCCGACAACCGGAAAUACCGCAUUGUCAUGCGUCGGGAACAGGUCCUGAAGGUGUGUGCCAACCACUUCGUCACGCCUGAGCUUAAUCUCAAGUCCAACGCCGGGUCGACAAAAUCCUGGGUCUGGAUGGCGAUGGAUGCUUCUGAGGACGAGGUGCAAAUGGAGCAGCUUGCCGUUAGGUUCAAAACGGAAGAGACAGCUCUGGAGUUCAAGAAGGCAGUAGAUGCAGCCAAGGAGGAUAUCAAGAAAGCAGAGAGUAAAGAAGUGACAACAUUAGAAAUUGAAAAAGAAAAGAAAAACGACCAAGAGAAGGAUGGCGGUCAAGCCACGAAGGAAGUCGAUGGAGGAGAUGUUCAGGAUGUCAAUGCCGGAUCGAAGACGCCUGAUGAACUGGAGGCUGAAGGCAGUGUUGACGAUGAUGAUGAUGAGGAUUAUGAAGAUGUUGAUGACGACGAUGAAGAUUACGAGGAUGUGGAUGAUGACGAUGAUGAAGAUGAUGAUGGGGAGGACGAUGAAGAAGAUGAAGAUGAUGAUGAUGAUGAUGAUGGUGGUGAACGAGUUGGAGAUGAAGAUAAACAAAUCGAAGACAAAGAUGAACAAGUCGAAGACAAAUAUGAACAAGUCAAAGCCCAAGACGCUCAAGCUGAAGACAAGGAUGUUAAAGAAGAACAAGAGCCAUCAGCAGAAGGCGAACAAAUCAAAGACGAAGGUGAACAAGUCAAAGACGAAGGCGAACACAUCAAAGACGAGGGUGAAAAAGUCGAAGACAAAGAUAAAGAAAUCAAAGAUGAAGAUAAACAAGUUGAAGACAAAGAUGAACAAGUCAAAAACCAAGAUGCUCAAGCUGAAGACAAGGAUGUUAAAGAAGAACAAGAGCCUUCAGCAGAAGCGGGUGAUCCUGACGUACCCCCUGUCAAAUCCUGCGAUCCCAACAUCUCCAAGGCCUUCUCGGAGCUCCUGCGCAGCGCCAAUGCCAGCCACGCCCAGAAGCCAGAGGCCGAAGAGGCCACGCCCACUUCGACAACAGACUCCGUCAGCAAGGAGGAGGAGGAUGCAACAGUAGGAGCGGGAAGCAAGGAUGACAGCGUCUCAGAGGAGCGUGACGAUAUCCACUUUGAACCGGUGGCCCAUCUCCCUGAGCAGGUGGAGAAAGUUACCGGAGAGGAAGACGAGAGCCAACUCUUCUGCUCAAGGGCAAAGCUGUACCGCUACGACAAAGCCACAACUCAGUGGAAGGACCGCGGUAUCGGAGACAUCAAGAUUCUUCAUAACACCCAGGCGACAAAGUACCGCAUCAUCAUGAGAAGGGACCAGGUCUUCAGGGUCUGUGCCAACCACUACAUCACCAAGGAGAUGAGUUUGGCACCCAACGCUAGUUCAGAGAACUCCCUGGUGUGGCAGGCCAUGGACGCGGCGGACGGCGACCCACAGAUGGAGCAGCUGGCCGUCCGGUUCAAACUGGCCGGAACCACCCAGCGCUUCAAGGCCGUCUUCGAGGAGUGCCAGGCCGAACUGAGAAAACAAACCCAACAAGACGGUGAAGUGUCUUCUACAUCAACGGAAUCACAGGAAGCAUCGGAAGACAAACAAAAAGAGGACAGUAAGGAUAACAAGGAGCAGGCGCAAUCAGCACCCACGGUGAGUGACGUUGAGAAAAUUCCGUCAGAAUCUUCGUCCUCUACUAGCGACAGCGGCAACACCGACAGCAAAAACUGAGACGAAUCAAC